AUGUGNAUAUUUCUGGUCAAUGUUUCUCUCAUUGUGAUCAUCAUCUUGGAUACCAGCCUCCAUGAACCCAUGUAUAUUCUGCUGUGUGUUUUUUGCAUGAAUGGACUUUACGGGACAACAGGUUUCUACCCCAAAUUUCUGUGGGAUCUGCUCUCUCCUGUUCAUGUUAUCUCUUAUUCUGGAUGUCUUGUUCAGGCCCUGGUCAUGUACUCUUUUGCCUGCAGUGAUCUGUCCAUUCUGGCACUCAUGGCCUUCGACAGGUAUGUGGCUAUAUGUCGACCACUGAAGUACCACGCUGUCAUGUCCAAGAACAGAGUCAUUAUGUUGUCAUUUUUCUCUUGGUUCACGCCUUUCUGCAUCAUAGCAACAAACAUCUAUCUCACAUCCAGGGUGAAGUUAUGCAGCUCUCACAUUGCCAGACUGUUUUGUGUGAACUGGAGCAUUGUUCAGCUUGCGUGUUUUCCAGCAGAAACAAAGACUAAUGGCAUAGUUGCAAACAUCACGAUCAUCAUUUACGUGUUUCAUGGUCUUUUAAUAGUCUGGUCCUACCUGUAUCUCAUUAAAACAUGCAUGAGUUCUUUAGAAAACAGAGCAAAGUUCAUGCAAACAUGUGUGCCACAUUUAGUCUCCUUGCUCACUUUUCUGGUCACUAUACUUGUCGACGUCAUGACUUUGCGACUCUCUUCAAAAGAUUUCCCUCAAAUGAUUCGAAACUUCAUAGCGAUAGAGUUUCUCGUCGUACCACCCCUUAUAAAUCCUCUCAUUUAUGGCUUCAAACUGACGAAAAUUCGGAACAAAAUUUAUCAUGUAAGAAUGUGUUUGGAGAAAAUUAACAUAUCUGUGUGA